AUGAAUGACUUUUGGGAUUUUGACUAUCAAACUGAUGCUUUUGUCCAAGAUGGAAGUGAAAACCAACCUCAGUCUAACAUGGAUAGUAGUGGAAAAGAAAAUGUAAGUGAGGUUGAAAGUAAAGAAAGAAGUGAAACAGAGCAGGAAGAUGAUAGUGAUGAUAGUGAUUAUUGGGUGGAUGAAGAUAAUGUAAUUGAAGAUAUUGAAGUUGAUAUAAGGGAUUUUAACAUGAGCAUUGAUACAGAAGUAGAGUUCUUAGAUAAAAGGGCUAGGAAUCCUAGACAACAUGAGAGUGAUGAAGAAGCAGAUGAGUUAGAUGUCAUUGACAAUGAUGCUUUUGAUUCCAUGGAUGAGGAUUCUGACCAGGACAGGAAGAGCAGAGCAGUUUUGAAACAACUAAGUAAGGAAAAAAGUUGUUCUUUAGGUGAGGUUCAUAAGUGUCAUUUUAAAAUAGGUCAAAAGUAUAACAGUAAGCAGGAGUUGAAAGAGAAAAUCAAAAUGCAUGCAUUGGAAACAAAAAAGAAUAUUGCAUUUAAAAAAAAUGACAAAUCCAGAUUGAGGGCCAUAUGUAAUGGAGUUGUGGCAUUUACUAAUGAUGGAGUUGGUGGACCUACCCAAGCUGAAAAAAGUAAAGGGAAAAUUAAAGGGAAAAGUAAAGGGAAAAGUAAAGAAAAGGACAAACAAGGUGGUACAAGUAAGGAAAAAGCAGAUUCUUCUUGUCCUUGGAUGUUACAUGCCUCGAGGUCUACAGAUGCAAGCAGCUGGUACAUUAAAACAUAUGAAGACAAACACACUUGUAUGAAUACAAGGAAGGUGAGAGCUACAACAGCAAAGUUUAUGUCCAAACAAAUCAUGGAUCAAGUAGAAUCCAACCCUACUAUCCCAGUUAAAGCUCUCCAAGAACAAUUACAGAAGAAGUAUGGAGUGGGCUUCUCAAUCCAUAAAGUUUUUAGAGCUAAAGCAGAUGCAAAAAAGAUUGUAGUGGGUGAUUACAAAAAACAGUAUGAAGUUCUGAGAGACUAUAUCCUUGAGUUGCAGUCAACCAAUCCUGAUACCACAGUCAAAUUAGAACUUGGAGAUGUUUCAGAAUCUAAUUUGGUGAAUUGCACUUCAAGAUGUUUCAAAAGAAUUUAUGUUUGUCUAGGGGGGAUGAAGAAGGGAUUCAAAGCUUGUUUAAGAGAUUUCUUGGGGCUAGAUGGGGCUCAUAUGAAAGGCCCUUAUCCAGGCCAGAUCUUAACUGCAGUUGGAUUAGAUUCCAACAAUGGCAUAUACCUACUUGCAUAUGCCAUUGUAGAGAUUGAAAACUGCGAAUCUUGGAAGUGGUUCCUUGAAUGUCUUGGUGAUGACUUGGAUCUACAUGCUAUGUCUAAUUUCACUUUUGUUAGUGACAGACAAAAGGGUUUGCUACAAGCAGUUAGUCAACUGUUCCCAUGUGCUGAGCAUAGGUUCUGUCUCAGACAUAUACAUGAGAACAUGAAGAAACAAUGGAGAACUAAGGAAUAUAAAGAUCACCUUUGGGAUUGUGCCACAGCUACAACAGCAAAAAGCCAUUUCACAGGGAGAGCAACCACAGACAUGCUGUUAAACAACCUUUGUGAGGUGUUUAAUGGCAAGCUAGUUGAUGGGAGAGACAAAACAAUUAUUAGCUGCUUGGAGUUUAUUAGGGAAUAUAUGAUGAAGAGGAUAUGCAAUGUCCUCAGGGUGCAACAAAAGUGUUUAGGCCCACUCACCCCAACAGCAACAAAGAUCAUGGAGAAGAAUGAAGCAGCUGCUACUCAGUACAUUGCAGAAUGGUGUGGUGAUGAAAAAUACCAAGUCAAAGGCCCAUGGACUGAUCAACAUGUUGUUGAUAUGCAUGAAAGGGUAUGCAGCUGCAGGAAAUGGGAAUUAACAGGUAUCCCUUGCAGACAUGUGAUUUCUGUGUUGUAUAACAAAGCAGAUCAUGGUGAGUGUGUACAAGAGCUCCAUACUUAUGUCCACAAGGUGCACUGGCUACAAACUUGGAAAACUGCAUAUGGGUACAAGGUGGAACCAAUUAAAGGUCGGGCAAUGUGGCCUAGAAGUGAGUGUCCAAUGCAGAUCACACCUCCCCCACACCGUAAUCAACCUGGGAGACCCAAGAGGAAGAGAAGGCAAUCCAUGGAGGAGAAAAGUCAAAGCAAUAGUCAAAGUCAGAGUCAAAGGUCAGAUGUUGGUCCCAGUGAGAUUCAUGGUCAUGGUCCACAUGGUGGUGGGAAACUAACAAGAAAGUUUGUUAGUGUGACUUGUAGUAAGUGUGGAAACAAAGGGCACAACUCCAGGACAUGCAAAGGUCAGGGAGGGACUUGA